AUGUCUCUGCCGACAAAAGAGACUCGGACUAUGAUGUCGGUACCUGCCGCUGGAGUUAUGUGUCCUCCACUGUCAUCUUCGGGAGAUUUUGCGGCUAAUGAAGCUGGAAAUCGAGCAUAUCUUCAAACCAUGAGUCCCAAUGUGGCUCAUAAACGGGCUCCCAGUUCCAAGGAAAGCACAAAAACGCUGCCCAAGCGACGCACAUUCAGUCGUCCAGCAUUGCCCCCGUUGCAGUCGGUUUCCGGGCCGCUGCGAGCACAUCUGACGUUGGGGAUCCGAACCACAUCGCCUCGCAAGAUGCUCCGCCGGUCGAAUUCGCUGAUGAGCCAGGGCAGUGGUGAGAGCUCCGACCGGUUCAUCCCGUCUCGCCACACCACCAGCGGCAAAAUCACCACCACAGACACCAUGCCGCAUCCCAAUGCUUCGCCGCAAACCCAUAUUCGGGCCCAGUCGUCCAAGAUUUACCAGCAGCAUAUUGCCGAGGCGUGUGGAUUAGAAGUGAAUGCUCGUAUUCUCCAGUUCCAGCCGGUGCCGCCAGAACGCAAAAAACCCGCCGAUUUAUUCGCCGGGAUCAACGUCAACCGAACCCGCACCCAUCUCGCACCAGGUGCAGCGUCUGCCCGAGCCAAAAACAUUCCUUCGGCACCAGAACGAGUAUUGGACGCUCCCGGGUUGGUGGACGAUUUCUACCUCAAUCUCUUAGCAUGGUCGCUGACCAAUUUGUUGGCCAUUGGCCUCGAAGACGCCGUCUAUGUGUGGAACGCUUCCACCGGCCUGGUGGGGCUCUUGUGCGAGUCUCGGGCCAUGGUGACAUCGUUGCGGUGGGCGCAAGACGGGUCCUAUGUUUCUGUGGGCCGCGACAACGGCACGGUGGAAAUCUGGGACAUUUCGUCCAACCAGAAACUCCGAACCAUCGACAACGGCCACGGAACCCGGGUGGCAGCCCAGGCUUGGAGCGCCCAUAUUCUCACCGCCGGGUCGCGGACUGGGUCCAUAUACCACUCCGAUGUCCGUAUGGCACGCCACGCCGUUUCCACAUUGGCUACCCAUACCGCCGAGGUUUGCGGCAUCGAAUACCGAGGCGACGGCGGCCAGUUUUCCUCCGGCGGAAACGACAACUUGGUGUGUAUUUGGGACGCCCGCAAGACAUACUCAAGCAGCCAAACCACCCCGAUAUUCUCCAAAUCCAACCAUCGCGCAGCCGUCAAAGCACUUUCAUGGUGCCCGUACCAACAGUCGUUGCUUGCAACCGGCGGCGGGUCAUCGGAUAAAACCAUCCAUUUUUGGAACACCUCCACCGGAGCCCGGAUAAAUACCAUCGAAACCGAGUCACAGAUUUCGUCCCUCAAUUGGGGUUAUGCUGCUGGUACCGGCAUGGAAAUCGUGGCUACUCACGGGUUCCCCACCAACAACAUCUCGCUCUUUAAUUACCCAACUCUCCAGAAAACCGGAGAAAUAGUGUCUGCCCAUGACACCCGCAUCUUGAGCGGCUGCAUUAGUCCCGACUACCUGACAUUAGCAACCGUGAGCGGCGACGAGAAUCUCAAAUUUUGGUCGCUUUUCGACGCCAACAAAAAACGAGACUCAGUGCCACAUGACGAGACCUCCGACACGAAACGGAUGAAAAAGUUGAUGAACAUUAGAUAG